AUGGAGUUUCCUCAUCAUGUGACAGUUCUGAUGCUGGUGUCUCUGUGCGUCGGCGGCAGCCUCAGCCUGAACGUAAAGCUGCCGAACUUCAGUUUCGAAAACGGAAGCAGUCUGCCACCUCAGGUCAAGUUCGGACCUCCGCCAACGUGUCCCGGGAAUGCGACCGUGUGCUCUUUUGAUGACAUCCGAGGUUUCAGCAAAGACAACGUAACGAGAACGAGCUACUUUCUGCUGAGGAAGACGAUCAUGAAACUUCUGGAUGUGCUCGAAACAGCAGCUCAAACGACCGGCCUGGUUAAAGGAAAAUUGUUUUCAUCGGAAGGGGCGGAAAACGAUACGAAAGCGCGGCUUCUGUCACGCAGAAGAAGGAGCGGGGGGUUCGUGAGUCUGUGCAGUGAAAUAUCCAAGCCGAACGAAUAUCCUGAAAUUGGAAAAAACAAGGACGGGAAAUGGAGAUAUUUGACGGGACGUCAGGUCGUGCAUAGCGCCUAUUGUGUGAACGAGGGAGGUGCUUGUUCCGGUGACAUCAAACUGAAUUCUCCUCGGGAGAUCAGUCUCUGUGCUCAGAAAUACGGCUUCUCGCCAAUGAUCGUAUUCGACGAGGAGUCUCAGAAGUUUGAUAACGAUCAGAUCGUAGUACCAUGCGGCUGUCAGUGUCAAUUUGGAAACGGUUGA